AAGUCCGCCCCAAUCCACGUCCGAGCCUCAACCACACCUCAAGGUCGGUUGCGCGUGGUUCGACCGAAGCACACGCGGAGAAGCGCCGACAAGAUGGCAGGAAGAUCCGAUAAACUGGAUCCCGUGUGGGAUGAUCUUGACAGGACUAUGGGGCAAUUGUUUAUGAUGGGCUUCGAUGGCACAACUGUGACCCCCCAAAUCAAAGCACUUAUUGAAGACCAUCAUCUUGGUUGCAUUUUACUCACAGCUAAAAACUUGAAAUCCGCAGAAGACACAACCAAGUUGUGCUAUGAGCUCCAGAAGAUCGCACAUGAUGCUGGACAUCCUGUGCCCCUGGCCAUUGGUAUUGACCAGGAGAAUGGCGGAGUCAACAGUCUGUUCGACGAAAUCUAUAUUCGACAGUAUCCUAGUAACAUGGGCGUGGCUGCCACGGGAUCGACUGAACUGGCUUUCGAAGUCGCAAAGGCUACUGCUCAAGAGAUAUCCGCCUGUGGCAUCAACUGGAUCUUUGGGCCUUGUCUGGAUGUAUUGACUAACGCACGGAAUCAACCUCUCGGUGUAAGGACUGCUGGCGACGACCCUCAGGAAGUGUCUGCUUAUGGCGUUGCUUUCAUGAAAGGCUAUAAGGAGGCUGGAAUUGCCACCCUAGGCAAACACUUCCCAUCCUAUGGCAACCUGGAGUUCCUGGGUUCGACGCUUGAUGUGCCCAUUAUUACGGAAUCAUUAGAGCAGCUCAGUUUAAGCGCUCUGAUACCAUUCCGGAAUGCUAUCCGUCAAGGCCUCGACUCCAUGAUGGUGGGCGGAUGUGCCAUGUCGUCAGCUGGUCUGCAUGCCAUGCACGCUUGCCUCUCAGAGCAGGUAGUCGAUGGACUAUUACGUUCCGACCUAAAGUUUGACGGAGUGGUGGUUUCUGAGUGUCUGGAAAUGGAUGCUCUGAGUCACAACAUCGGCGUCGGUGGCGGCACGGUCAUGGCCGUGAACGCUGGAUGCGAUGUCGUGCUGCUCUGCCGAUCCUUUUCAGUGCAGCAGGAGGCCCUAAAAGGGCUCAAGACGGGUGUCGAGAACGCUAUGAUAUCAAAGAAGAGGAUUUACAACUCCCUCCGCCGUGUCCUGGAGAUGAAAGCGAAGUGUACUUCGUGGGAAAAGGCACUCAACCCUCCUGGUAUUGCUCUUUUGGAGACCCUGCAGCCUUCGCAUACUGCACUCUCGACAAAAGCAUACAAUCGCUCUAUCACAGUGGUGCGGGAUAAGAACCGCCUGCUACCGUUGACCAACGUUCUGGAUAACGAAGAAGAGCUACUCCUUCUCACGCCACUAGUGAAGCCGUUAGCAGCCUCGGCCGCUUCACGCGCGCUCUCGGAAUCCCUCACGACGGAAAAGUCGCCCGAGCCAGCUCUAUGGGAACGCACGGCGUCUGUCAUGAGCGGAGAGCGUGUUUUCCGGGAGCUGGGGAGAUCACUGGCAAGACAGCGGAACGGCCGUGUUCUACACACGUCAUAUACAGCCAAUGGUGUCAGGCCGGUCCACGAAAACCUCAUCAAUCGGGCAGGCGCGAUUAUUGUGCUCACUGCGGACGCGAAUCGAAAUCUGUACCAACAUGGGUUCACAAAGCAUGUCUCCAUGAUAUGCAAUAUGCAGUAUACGACGGGGGGAGAGAAACGAGAAAAGCCUUUGAUUGUGGUUGCUGUCAGCUCACCCUAUGACUUCGCCAUGGACAGCUCCAUAGGGACCUAUAUCUGCACAUACGAUUUCACGGAAACUGCCCUCACCUCGCUUGUUAAAGUGCUUUAUGGGGAGCUCACGCCGCAAGGGACACUUCCUGGAACAAUCAGUAAGAGCCAGAAGUUGCAGCAUUCGAAACAACACUGGUUGGUGGAGACAUUCAACGAGGAUAGAGACGCCAACGCGCUGGAUACUCUCAUCAAGGCGGUUAGGGAGGGCACUCCGCCAAGCCACCGCUCGGAGCUGGCAAGUGCUACGUCGAAUUCAUUCAUCCUCAACCACGCAGAGGUCGAGGAGUCGCACUUUGUGGUGCGCAACAGCAGCACGCAGGCUCUGUAUGGAUUCUGCUCUACCUAUUUCUUCAAGACGACGGGUACCGGUGUCAUAGGGGCACUGUUCGUUGAUCCCGCCAGGAGAAAGCUGUCGAUUGGACACUCCCUACAUAACCGAGCUAUCCGGACACUUCUACAGAAAGAAGGAAUCAGACGCUUCCAGCUUGGCUCGCGACUACCCAGCAUCUUCUUGGGCAUUCCCACAGGACACGGCGCGGAACGGAAACGGCUCCGCUCCUGGUUCGCCAACCUAGGGUGGAAUGCGGCCCUCUCGCGACCGGUUUGCAACAUGGUGGCCCGCAACCUCCUGAGCUGGUCGCCGCCCGAAGGUAUGGCGAAGAGUCUUGCCAGUACCGGGAUCCAGUUCGACAUGGUCUACGGCUGGGACUAUGCGGGUCCGAUCCUCGACCUUGUCAAGACGAGCAAUCGACAAGGAUUGGCAGAGGUGUACAAACUGGCCUUAUCGGAUCCGUCGGCAUGCGGCAUCAUUCGGGCCAAGCGGCCUGAGGACGGUGUCCUGGUCGGCACAGUGGUGCUCUACAACCACCAAUCACAUCUAUCCGAAUUCAUUCCUGCGUUGAAGGACCUCAAGGAGGCAGCAGGCGGCAUCUCUUCGCCGGUGAUAUCUCCCAGUGUAGGAGAAUAUUCCACGCUGCUGCAAGGCCUGAUAUUGCUGGGGAUGAAGCAGAUCAAGCAACAACGCUGCAACGCCUGCCUGUUGGAUUAUAUGGACGGCGACGGCAACUUUGACGGCUUCUCGGCAAUGGGAUUCGAGGUGUUGCACAACUUUGAAGAGGUAAGCUGCGAUGCGGCUACAUGGACCAUGAUUCCGCCUGCUGGGUAAACGGGAACAUACAUGAGACUGGGGGAAUGUGUGAUUCCGAUGUGUUGCGUUCGUUACUUUGACUUGGUGGCGUUAGGGUAAAUGGCGGCGAUGAGGGAGCAGGCUCGACAUUGGUAUUGAAGGUAAUUGGAUUGGUUGGGUAUAGGGGAGCAUGGUGUUUUGUCACAGGCGGGCGCUAGGAGUUGGGGCUAUUGCUAUAGUAGUGGUGCCUGCUACAUAGCUAUGGGUUAUACCUACACAGGCUCGAAUGUACACAGUAUAGUUAUUGG